CCAUACAGCGAGUUGUCAUUGCAGAGUCUCAACUCAGAGGGAGUAUGGGAGUUUUGCAGGAUGCUAUAUGCUGCAGUAGCCGCAACAGGACCUAACAACAUACCGCCGAAAUAGGAAACCUACCGUUACGGACUCGGAGGCGGCAAUGAUUCAUUUUAAUAACAAAACAGUUUGUUCCAUGUUUAAAUGGAUCUGCUCUUAGAGUAGCUACUUUUGUUUUUACGCUGUGUUAUUACGAGAACAGAGUAAAUACGUUUAAUCAAUAACUACCUAAAAAGGAAUGACGUUCAACUCCAAGCAAACUCGGCCUCAUAUUAGCGUUCGGUUUCCUGAUGUAAACACAGAUGUAUCAUAUGGGUUUAAUGCUUCAUAUUGUGACGCUGUGAUCCUGAAAUCUACUGUCGUCUGCUAGCAACAUCAGGAUGAACGGCUUUCUGCUUCAGUUGUCGACUAUACUUUUACACCUUUUAUGUGUCAGCGAGUCUUUCAAAGGGAGGAUUCCUAUUGGUGCUAUCUUCGAUACUGAGGAUGUUCAAACAAAUACGGGCUUUCAAUAUGCUGUGUCCUACAGCAAGGAAAGAAAUAAAGAAAAGUUUGUGUUAUCUGCCCUUGUCGAAGUGAUAGAUGUGGAGGACAGCUUUAAACUUGCAACAUCGAUCUGUUCCCAUUUGUUCAGCGGCGUGUUCGUGCUUCUGGGAAGCCGUUCCUUCCACUCGCAGGGCAUCAUCAAGUCUUAUACGAAUAGAUUCGCCAUGCCUUAUGUCACUACCAGUAUACCAACUGGGGUAGGAGGUCACCGAGGAUACGAAAUUUACAUGAAACCUCCAGUGACCGAAGCUCUGAGAGACAUGAUCCUUGAAUAUGAAGUGAAAGAUGUUCACUACGUGUACGAGUCUGAUGCAGGGUUGAUAAAACUUCAAGAACUACUCAAGAUACUAAAUGGAACUGAUGUGAAGGUCAGGUGGCAUCGUCUUCAUGACGUCACCAACGCUCACGAAGACUUGAGGAAGCUAGAUCGAGUGUACUCCGGUUUCAAAAAUAGCACUAUUCUCAUGGAUUUCAACUCAGAACCCGCAUAUGACAAAGUCCUUGAACAGAUUAGAAAGCUUGGGAUGAACAAAAGAGGAUACAAAUACAUUCUAGGAACACUGAAUAUUCUUAAUCUUAACCUACAACGAUUUACUCAUGGUGGAGUGAACAUUACCGGAUUUCAGUUGCUUGAUUAUUCUGCUCAAAAUGUUAUGGAAUUUCUAUCAAGAUGGCGUUCACUUCCACCAAAUAUUUGGAAAGGAGCUGGAAGAGAGCAAAUAUCAGUUGAUGCUGCUUUGGCUGUGGAUGCCGUAACGGUUGUCCAGAGAACAAUUCAGUCCAUGCUGAGGAAUAAUACCGAAGUUUUCCGAACAACAUUUCGCCGUGGAGAUGUAUAUAACAAUAAUCGGACCAAAGGUAUUCCGUGUAAUGACGGAAAUCCUUGGAUGCAUGGGGACGCUAUUAUGCAUAAUAUUAAAAAGAUUGAUCCUAGAGGUUUAACCGGACACUUAGAAUUCACGAAAACUGGAAUGCGCAAAGGUUACAAACUAGAUGUGUUUAAAGUCGGCCUCAAACAUGGUCCCUAUAAGAUUGGGGUAUGGAGACCUAAAGAUGGAUUCCAGCUCAUCAGCAAUUUGAACGAAUCCAAUAACGAUUCCACACUGGGUGUUGAAACCCUUCGAGUCACCAGUAUACUGGAGAAACCAUUUUUGAUGCUGAAACAGGCCCCUAAAGACGGAGUACCACUUGUUGGUAACAGCAAAUACGAAGGUUUCUGUGCAGACUUUAUAGCUUCCAUUGCCAGUAAAUGUGGCUUUAGAUACGAUCUAAGACCAAAUAAGAACGGAGUUUACGGAAGGAAAUUUGAAAACAAUACUUGGAAUGGCAUGAUCGGGGAGCUGAUUGCUAAGGAAGCUGAUUUAGCGGCGGCACCUCUUACCAUUACGAUGGAACGCGAAGAAGCAGUGGACUUCUCUAAACCAUUCAUGAACACAGGAAUCAGUAUUAUGAUAAAGAAACCUGAAAAACAGAAACCCGGGGUGUUUUCAUUCAUGAAGCCGUUUUCAGUAUCGCUUUGGAUGUGUAUAGUGAUUGGAUAUUUCGUAGUCAGUUUUGGAAUCUUUUUGGUGAGCCGAUUUAGUCCUACAGAGUGGAAAAGAAUACGAAUGCGCUCUGGAACAGAAUACCUUAAUAAAUUCACAUUAAAAAGUUCUCUGUGGUUUUCAAUGGGAUCUCUUAUGCUGCAGGGAAGCGACACCUGCCCCAGGUCUGCUGCUGGUCGGAUAAUAGGAGGAACCUGGUGGUUGGCUGUUCUUAUUGUGAUAUCUUCCUACACCGCCAACCUAGCAGCUUUUCUAACAAUAGAACGCCUACUUACACCUAUAUCCUCCGCAGAUGAUCUCGCAAACCAUCCCGACAUGUCUUAUGGAACAUUGGAUUCGGGGUCAACACAGGAUUUCUUUAAAAAAUCAAAAGUGCAUACGUACAAAACAAUGUGGCAUUUUAUGACGAAUCACUAUCCCUCGGUGUUUGUGAAAACUUCAGCCGAAGGUGUGAGACGUGUUCGUAGAUCUAAAGGAAAGUAUGCAUUUCUACUGGAGUCGGUGUACAACGAAUACUUUAUGAACCAAGAACCUUGUGAUACCAUGCAAGUUGCGCAAAAUCUCAAUUCCAAGGGAUACGGGAUAGCUACACCAAAAGGUUCGAAAUUAAGGCAAAAAUUAUCAAUUGCUGUUCUACAACUUAUCGAAGAUGGAACAUUGAUAAAGUUAAAGAAAAAAUGGUGGGUAGACAAAGGAACGUGUGGAGCGGCUGAUUCCCAUGGGGGAUCUAAAAAGAAGUCUCUUUCCUUAAGCAAUGUCGCUGGAGUUUUCUUUAUCCUGAUUGGUGGUCUGGUCAUGGCGAUUGUUCUUGGCGUUGCGAAUUUUCUACGUUCUAAAUCUAAAGGAAGACUCGGCGGUGUACCAGUUGUAAACAAUGAUGCCGCUCGGUCACUUCUCUCGGACUAUAGGGAUACACCAUUGAACAACGAAAAUGGACAAACAGCCACACCCGAUGUCCACCAGUCUGUUCCUGUUAAAGGUAUUUUAAUGAACACGUGCAAACUACAUUCAGGCGAGAAUAGCAACAAUUCUAAUCACACAAUACGCUCAGAAAUUUACGGAAACAUUUAUAACAGGAAAACACUGCAUGAUCGUUAAGUGUAUGUAUUAAUUUCAUUUUUUGUGAAAGAAACAAAACGAAUAAAUUUUAUAUUAAAUAUAUUUUUA